UUUUCAUUUACCAUUUUAUUUCAAUAGGAGGAAUAUCCCUAAUCGGCGGUUUGUUUAUGGUUGUGCAAUGGUCAAUGUGGAUGUAGAAUACUGUGGAACCUGUAACUUCUCGCUGCAAUGCCAGCUGCUGCGACAAUUUCUGGUGGAUGCAGCGCCUGGGGUGCAGGUCUCCUGCCACCAGGGACGACGCGGCGCCUUUGAGGUGACCAUCGACGAUCAGCUGGUGCACUCGAAGCUGGCCAGCCUGGCCUUUCCCCAGCACCAAAGCGUGCUCGCCCAGGUGCAGCGCGCUGAGCGCGGCGAGCCGCUGCAGCCAGUGCAGCAGGCGCCGAUCAAGGACUGCAGCAUCAUGUAGAGAAGCCAAGGAACCAACGUACUAAAUACCAAAU